AUGAUGCGAAUUUCUGAAAUCAAGAAAUUAAAGCCCUUGCAAUCAUCCUUGGAGUCGUUAAGCUAUCAAUAUUUACAAAGAUGCUCCGUCAGUGGAACAGCAAAGGGGAAGGGCAAAAUCAAAACGGGACAGACAUUGAAGCGAUCAAAGGUCACUACUAAAAAAGGCUCAGCAGUUUCUUCUCCAACAGAAGGACCUAGAAGGAGAAGUGAAUUUGACGAAAUGGUUGAUAAAUGCUUGAGUGCAACUUCGCCAGUCAGAUUCUUGAAGCCUAAAGAAAAGGCGAGGGAAGCCGAGAGAGAGAAAAUGGGGCUAAUAAGCAAAGCCCGCGAGCAGGAGAUUCAGAAACUUAAGAAGAAAGGAAAGGAUUUUGAUUCACCAAUGAUAAUUGGGACUCCAGGUAUGGAUUUGAUAACCUUAGGUGCAGUUGACGCUGAUAAAAUUCCAAAGUAUGAGCUGACUGUUGAGGACGGGCGGAGGCUUGCAAAAGAGUAUAGUAGAAUUUUGAUGAGGAAGCACAGAGCAAGACAGGCAGCAGAGUCAACACUCUUGAGGUUGAAGAAGGAAGCAAUUGAGGCAUUGCCUGAGAACUUGAAGGCAGCUGCUUUGGUACCAGAUUUGACACCUUUUCCCGUGAACAGAGAAGCUCAGAUAAUGAGAGAUGAUCUCCUGUUUCGCCAGUGCUGUUUACGGAAGAACUUGAAAUCUUUGCUGGGUAGUGAACGUGACCUAUUCUCUCUAUUUAAUAUAAUCGAGACCCCUGCUUAG